GAGCCUUCGCCGAUGGGGGAACCUUGCUCUCGUCUUGUCGGGCCCUGCGAGCACAUUCCAAGCCCGAGAUUACGCAAGUCGUCCGACGCGCCACAAUCCGAACAACAGAACUUUUUUUUUACAUCAACGCCACGCCUCCAAAACCUUGGACUGACCAAGGAAACGUGCCAGCAGCGGAGGGGGAUGCUGGCACCUUGACCAAGGCAAACACCUGGGUCACCGCGCAAAAAAAACAGCACGACGAGAGGUCGAGAGGACCACUGCGUCCAAGUGCCCAAGCUCAACGCGCACCUGCCACAACAUCUCUACGAGAGGGGGCAGGCGCACUGGGCCACAGGAGGGCACAGAGCUGACAGCGCAAAAAAACAACCAACUGCAGAGCACUGCAACUGGAAGGCUCUCUCGUGCCGACUGCCCUCGGCUGAACAAGAGGGACAGCGAACAAGACAGCGCCCCUCCCACGCGCCAGUGGCACCAUGCGGUGGGGGGCAAGAAGGAAGCGUGCAACGAACGCGCACACGAAGACGCGCACCCGACGCCUAACAAAAAGAUGUUGGGGCCAGGAACCAAAGCUCCAGGCCGCAGCAACAUCAGACGAGCCACAGUCAGGAUAAAGAUACCCCCGUGUUCGGAGACGCAGAGCGCACCCUAGGUGUGCAUGCACCUUCCCCCAGGAAUGGGGUGCCUGAGACGCGUGCACGACGGACGCACGCACAACGAACCCUGCACCACAUCCCGGCCGUGAACAGCACCGAGAGGAGGACCACCAGGAACAUGAACACGGACGCGACGACGAUCACCCCGCGCCACGGCCGAUCGCCGCCGCACGCGCCAUCAGCGCCCGCCGCCGCUCGGCGCCCUCCGCGUCGACCAUGCCGCGGCCGUCGGGAGGGGCAGCAGCUGCAGCCCCAGCGCUAGCAGCUCCACCAGGAACCGCCACAGCAGGGCGCGCCGCCACCGCGGCGGGCGCCGCAUGGCGCGCUGGGAGGCCGUCAGCGGCGGCAGCACCAGCUCCGUGGAGGGGGCCGCAACGCUGAACAGGGAGCUCGUCGGCCCAGCUGUCGUCAACCAGGGGCGAGGACGGAGCCGCGUGGCCCUCGUCCUGCGAGCCCCCUCGCACAGCCGCCAGCGCCAACGGAGCGGGAGCAGCCCUCCCCAGCUCAGCUCCCGACGCCUCCACCUUCUCGACCUCAAUCGCGUCGUCGCCUCCGCGCUCGGCAUGUCCAGCAAGGCCGCCAGCACCGCCCCGCCCACGCCGCCGUCGGCGCCGCCGAGGGCGGCCCGCAGGCUAGGCGGCGUCGGGCGCAGGCGGGGGCAGCGCCUCAGGCGCGCCGAGCACGGCCGUCGCCGUGCGGAGGAGGCCCUCGGCCGCACGUAGCAGCCGCACUCCAUCGAGGGAGUGAGCGGCCGCCAGCCCGCAGGCUGCGUGCGUGGCCAUGAGCGCGCCGCGGGCCGCCUCGAGGGCAGCGCGACGCCCGUCAGCCGCCCGCGGCAUCGGAACGCUGCGGCCGCAAGCACGGGGCUUGAGCCAGCGAAGCGAACUUGAGCCAACUGGGCUUGAGCCAAAAGGGCUACGGAAUCCGAACAACAGAACGCACCUCUCUGAACCUCUAAAAUAUGCGAUUCAGGAAGAUGCGCGAAGAGAGGGUGGUGACGCUGGACGCCGCAGCUCCUGGAACUCGCUGAUUACGAG